GGCCGGUUGUUGUUCAUGUGGCUGGUGAUCGAUCGAUCAGCGUUCAAACCCGUCGUUAUUCAUUAUUACACGGGGGAGUUUACAUCCAAUCAGUAGAUUUUAUAGCCAUAGGAUCUUACGUAGUAUGAUUCUAUCAGAUAUUAUCUGACGGAACGAUUGAAGCACGAAAAACAGCGGACGACGAUGGACAAGAUGGUGCUCUUUAUUAGAGAACUUUAUAUGCCAACCUUCUUCACAGCAUUAGCUUGCUUUUUUUUCUUUUUAUGGGUAGCUUUAUUCGUUCUUCACCUCAUAGCAAUAACUGGAGGGAAAUUGUUAUUGUAUAAAUCUACAUCAGCUGUAAACGAAAAAGAGCUUCCAGAAGUGUCUAUUUUAAAGCCCUUAGCAGGAGAAGAUUCACACCUAAUCAAGAAUUUAAAAACAUUCUUCGAACUCAAUUAUCCCAAGUACGAGAUUUUAUUCUGUGUUCAAGAUGAGCAUGAUACAGCCGUGCCAGUUGUACAACAACUUAUGAAAUCGUAUCCUCUUGUAGAUGCUAAACUUUACGCAGAAUCCAGGACAGUGGGUGUGAAUCCCAAGAUCAAUAAUAUGAACCAAGGAUACAAGGCAGCAAAAUACAAACUGCUCUGGAUAUGCGACAGUGCUAUUCAAGUUCACCAGAAGACGUUACUAGAGAUGGUAUCUCAUAUAGGACCUAAAGUUGGUAUGGUGCAUCAGAUUCCAUACAUAACUUGUAGUCCAACUGCAUCCUUUGCUGCUUGUGUUGACCAGGUGUAUUUUGGCACGCAGCAUGCAUUUUUAUACUUGUUUGCCAACACAGUUGGACUUGUCUGUGCUAAUGGAAUGUCUACACUCUACGAUAAAACAGUAUUAGAUGAACUAGGUGGAUUAGAAGCAUUUUCCUGUUAUAUUGCAGAAGACUAUUUCAUGUCUAAGGCUAUACAUGCAAAAGGUUAUAAGAUUGCCUUCAGCUCAGAGCCAGCAAUGCAGAAUCCUAGAAAACAAUCACUAGAAAUCUUCCAAAAAAGAAUGUUGAGAUGGACACGACUUCGUUUGGCCAUGGAACCAUUCCCUUCCUACCUGGAACCAUUUACCGAGAGCAUUGUUAUCGGCAUUCUAGCCACAUGGUCUGUUUGGCAUCUAUGGGGCAUGAAUAUCAUCCUGUUCUUUAUUGAACACCUUAUUUUGACAUUCUUCUUUGAUUAUCUACUGCUAAGAAUUGUUCAUGGUGCUCAUUUACGAGGUCCAUUGCCUCCAUUAUGGAAGGUAUUUCUAGCAUGGUUGUUCCGGGAAUUCUUUUGUUUAGUCUUCUUCUUCCAAGCUGCGUUUGGGCGACAGAUAGAAUGGCGAACAACACAGUUUAGACUACUGAAUGGUGGCAAGGCAGAGCUGGUGAAUAAAUGCAAGGACAUUAACAGUCAUUGCUGUUAACUAAUUAAUUAAUUAUUAUUACUAAUAAUUAUUGAUUAUGAUACAUUCUAUUUAUGUAAUUUAAGGUGACCACAUUCAUAGGGUGUGUAGAAAUUGACAUUUCUAAAAUUCAAAAGUAAUGUAUUUAUUUGCAGUAUUCUCACCGUAUUACUGCCUUCAUGUCACCCUCUGUGUUAAAAGACUCAACGGAGGGGAUUAAAAUAAUUUCCCAGGGGUGGGGAGGGUCUGAGGAGGGUAUAUUGUGUAGUACCAGAAAAUAUCCAUACCUCCCCAUGGAGGGGGAUUGGCAUUUCCAAGGGGUGGGGAGGGUCUGAGGAGGGUAUAUUGUGUAGUAGCAGAAAAUACUCAUACCUCCCCAUUGAGGGGUAAGAUGGGUAAUUUGACCAACCUCCAUUUGUGGGCAACUCAUGAAAGAGUAUCUACUGGGAUUAUCGGUAUCACGUAUACCCACUGCUUCCCAGUGUCCUUCACUGGGGUGUUCUCAAUCACUUAACUAAACUGUGGGUUUUUACACUGGGCACGGGGUUUCUAACGACAAAAGUUUUGUUUGAUUUUCCAAUACUUACUAAUCUAGAAAAAUAUUACAAGAAAUUUAUUUUUUUAAAUAGUUAAUAUUUCUUUUAUAAUUAUUAUUUAAUGGAAAUGUUUUGAUACAACAUUGGUACACUGGGGCAAUAAAUUAAGUGGUGUUUUUUUAUCUCUCUUAAUUUUGACAGUUUUAUAUCUUUAUUAAUUUCACACAGCAGCUUAUAAGCCUAAUAGUUGCUUGUAUACAUAGACACAAAUACAUCAAAAUAUGGCAGAAUUACAGCCAUCAACAAACCUCUUUACCUUGGGCGUAGUGUUUUGCCCAUUUCAUACAGUGUGUCAUUCUCUUGAGAAUAAGAUCCCUUAUUGGACUUGUAUACAUAUUCUUUGCCUUCUUCUAUGCAGCCCUUAAUCAAAGAAAUGAUACUCAAGGGAAUGACACAUGGUCUGAAAGAAAUAAACAUGACACCCAAGGUAAUCAUAGCUUAUUACGAUUUUAUGCCACCAAUAAGAAGUUUAUAUUGACAGCUAGUGGGGACAAAAUAUAUUCUGUGUUGUACUAAAUGAUUAAAUAGGACAUUUGCAUGAUGCCGUCAUUUACAAAAACUAUCAGACUCCCUUGCACACUCUCUUUCGUUCAGGUAAUUAGUACAAAUAGACAUUUUUAGCUUCGUCGUUUGUUGUGCACAUUGGGAGUUGACUCUUGCAUGUGUAAAUAUUUAAACAUGUUCCUAAUAAAAGAACAAUUCUCAAGAGAAUGUCAUGUGGUCUGAAAUGGGCAAUUUGCAUACAAAGGUCAUACUAUUCUCAUGAGGAAAUACAAAUUCAAAUAAGAAAGAAAAUUUGUGAAGGAUUUUGGUUGUGAUAGUAAAAUGAUGUCAUCAUGCAAAUGACCUAUGACUGCAAUGUAUCACUGGGCAGAGCAGAUUUAGUAUGGCAGUCAAAUACUCCUGGUUAUUAUGGCUAAGCAUUCUUAUUGAAUGAACAGCAACCUCAUGCACUGUCAUUGGUUGUUUUUAAUCCUGUACGGUGAGUGUGACGUUUUCACAGCCAUACAAAAUUUACUAUAUUUCCCCAGCAUAAUGUAUGGUGUUUAAACCAGGGUAGAAAAAAGAAAGGGAAUUGAAUAUCCAUGCGAAAUUGUACUAUUUAAUGACAGUAUUUCAUUAAAAGAAAUGAAGUGUUGGUAUAUGAA